AUGGUCUCGGUGCUGCUGGCCUACGCCACAUACCAGCGCUGCGUGUUGUAUUCGCCGCUGUUGUCAGGCGUGUACUGGUUGCUGACUGGCACGCUUGCAGUUUAUGUGGUGUUUGCAGCCAUCACCAGCAAGAGCCAUCUUCUUCUGGAGGAGCGGGAGCGGGAGCGGGAGCGGGAGCAGGAGCAGGAGCAGGAGCAGCUUGUGACUUCUUCCCUGCGGCAGUGCUUCGAUCGGCUCCGCUCCAUGAUUGAAAAAUAA